GCAAAAAAAAGCACAGGUGCAGCACACUGAUGAUGUCAGAGGGCUGUGAUUGGUUGUUGGUCCGAGAACGCGAUGUGGGAUGUUGAUCCAGGAACAUGUCCUACUUGGUAAAGUCACGCCGUGCCUCCAGUGUCACCGAUAUAUGAGUAAGAGGGUCAAAGUUCAGGUUGUAAUGUUAUGAGGAAAAAGUAUGUCCGGUUGUGGGUAUACUGCAUGCAACAGUGUGCACUUUUCAAGGGCAGCUGCAGUACCUGCUAAAAGUAAGAAGAAGAAGUAUUCGGAAGGCACCAUCUUCUUGUUCUUCUUCUUGUUCUUCGAAUGUUAAGAUGCUGUCUGUACGUAUGCCCCCACUAACGAGCCACUGACUGAGAGGUAUAAUAACGGUAAAAAUGAACUUUAUAAAUAAACAUUAUAAUUCAUUUAUAGACCUGCUAUGGAAAUCUUCUUUUCAGUGAGCUGUUAUCAGUGACAGGGACAAUGAUUAGCCUGCUGCUGCUGCUGCUGCACACCACAGUGCCUUUUAUUGCGAAAUGUGACACAGGAGGAAGCUGUCAAGUGGGAGGAUCAGUGCAAGGCCAGGUUACUCGCUCUUAACAGCUGGAUUCAUGUGGUUAGAGACACUGACUGCUUUGUCUGCUGUCAUUUUCAGUCUGUUGUAUUAGUCUGGUAUCAUAGUGUCACAGCCAUGUCGAAGACCUCGCAGCAGAGCUCAUACCUGGUCCUGGAGAACUUCAUCGGAGGGAAGUUCGUCUCAUGUCGGAGUCACAUCGACUCCUAUGACCCGUCCAUCGGAGAGGUUUACUGCAAGGUGCCUGACAGUGGCAAGGAGGAGGUGGAGGCAGCGGUGGCAGCAGCUAAAGAAGCUUUCCCCGACUGGUCCGCCCGCAGCCCAGAGCAGCGAGCUCAGAUCCUCAACAAGCUGGCCAACCUGAUCGAUGAAAACCUGGAGGAGUUCGCCCAGGCUGAGUCCAGAGACCAAGGUAAAACAGUGACAUUCGCACGCACUGUGGACAUUCCCCGCUCGGCGUACAACUUCCGCUUCUUUGCGUCAUCGCUGCUCCACCACACCAAUGACUGCUCCCAGAUGGACCACAUGGGCUGCCUGAACUACACCAUCCGCUGCCCCGUGGGAGUGGCCGGUCUGAUCAGCCCCUGGAAUCUCCCCCUGUACCUGCUGACCUGGAAGAUUGCCCCUGCAAUCGCUACGGGCAACACAGUGGUGGCGAAGCCCAGCGAGAUGACCUCUGUGACUGCCUGGAUGAUGUGCAAGCUGAUGCAGCAGGCUGGUGUUCCUCCAGGAGUAGUCAACAUAGUAUUUGGCACGGGCCCCAAAGCAGGCGACGCCCUCGUGGGCCAUCCUGACGUCCCUUUAAUCUCCUUCACUGGCUCCACGGCAACUGCCCAGCGCAUCACAGAGCGGAGCGCACCCUACUGUAAGAAGCUGUCCCUGGAGCUGGGAGGUAAAAACCCUGCCAUUGUGUUUGCUGAUGCAGACCUGAACAACUGCAUCCAGACCACGGUGCGCUCCAGCUUCUCCAACCAGGGUGAAAUCUGCCUGUGCACCAGCAGGAUUUAUGUAGAGAGAAGUAUUUACUCUGAAUUCCUGGAAAAGUUUGUGGCUGCAGCUAAGAAGUGGACGACAGGCGUGCCCUCUGACCCCGGCAACAACAACGGGGCGCUCAUCAGCAAAGAGCACCUGGAGAAGGUACGUAGCUUCGUAGCACUCGCCAAAUCUGAAGGCGCCAUCAUCCACUGUGGCGAGGGGGUUGACCAGCUGGACCUCCCUGAGCGCAACGCCAGCGGCUACUUCAUGCCUGCCACCGUCAUCUCAGGCGUGUCUGACAGCUCCCGCGUGAUGCAGGACGAGAUCUUCGGCCCCGUCACCUGCAUCAGCCCCUUCGACACAGAGGACGAGGCCAUCUCCAAGGGCAACGGCGUGCGUUACGGUCUGGCGGCCACAGUGUGGUCGCAGGAUGUGGGGAAGGUUCACCGGGUGGCCAAGCGGUUACAGGCGGGUCUGGUGUGGACCAACUGCUGGUUGGUGAGAGAUCUGAACCUGCCCUUUGGAGGGAUGAAGAACUCUGGCGUGGGGCGGGAGGGAGGGAAGGAUUCGUACCACUUCUUCACCGAGGUGAAGACCGUCACCAUCAAACACUGAGGGAGGAGGGAAGGAGAGAGAGAUGUGGAGAAAGUUCUGUAGUUAAUCUUGACAUUCAUCAACCUCUGUCGGCAACUCUCAGGAAUUUCAAUAAGUUUCUGUUCCCACCCUCUCGGAUUACCAGAGCCUGUAAUUAAGUCACAUUUAUAGAACACAAAAGUCAGGAGAAGUCACAGUGGAACAACACAAGUGAAUUACAGCCAAUUUCAGUAGAAAUGUCAAGUUCAGUAUCACAGCAUGAAACACUGUCAUAUUCCCACCUUUUUCACGAGUUCUCCGCUGAAUAUUUUUGAACCACUGUCUUCGACCGUGCAGCGGCAGAGUAAUGCGUGUGUUAGGGCUUCAAAUCUGAAAAAGUCCAGACCAGACAAGGUCAAACCAGAUAAGGCAGGAACUCAUUUAUUUCCCAUUUCAAGCAAAGAAGUCAAGAGUACAAUUUGUGAAGCAGGAAAAGGAGCUUAAUCCAACAUCCUUUAAAAGUUUACACUGCAGGGUCGUGUCCUGCAUGACAGUUCAGGGACGAACAGCAGGUCUCAUUCACCAACCGUUCUUAUGCAGGGUUCAUAACAUACUAAAGCCCCGUUUCCACCGAGCAGUACGGUACAGUUCAGUUCGGUCCGCUUUUUUUCUGUUUCCACUGUGAAAAGUUGUGGAUGGUACCAAUGGAACGGUUCUGUACCGUCCCCAUUUUUGCUCCCCCCUCUGUUGGGGUUCCUAGCACACAGAUCUGGUACUAAAAGGUGGAGCUGUGAACACUGCAGUCUGUUGAUUGGUCAGUAGAGGACGGUCACUCUGCUCAGGGCUGAGUUGUGGCUGGUUUUGAGGCUCAUGUAACCACUGUUCAUACUGUGGAGAGUUUUAUAUUAGUAAACUAUAACUACAAAAUGAAAGGAUGUUUUGAUGCCUCUUGCAGCAGCUGGAGUCAGAGAGAAAAUAACUUAAUUCACUGGGCCGACUGCUGGAGACUUUUAAGGUGGAACGAUAACUUGUAAUGUUACUCAACGCACGAGUUGGCGACGUGAAUCCAUCAGCACACCUUAAAUUUCACUGUGACAACUUUGGCCAUCACUUUAGUUGUUUUCUUCUGUCUCUCUUUGAUGACACAGACUUCAGUAAUGAGUAGAACUUAAGAUGUUUAAAAACAUAUAUUAAUUUUGACCAGAUUACGUGAGCUGCAUAUAUUCUAAUCUUCACGUGCAAAAAAAAAAAAAAAGCAUCGUGGAGCGUUGUUCCUGUGGGCUACGGCUACACUAAACCCCUGAGCUUGCCUGAGAAGGACUAAAUGCACAAACCUGCUAUUCUUAAGUAUCCCAUGGAGAGAGACUCUCACUGCAGCCUGUUUGAUUUUGUUCUGAAAAUGUCGGCGUGCAGCCUCGUUCUGUGGACGAUGAACGAGGUGCAGACUUCCAUCUGUGUCACCAGUGAUGAGGAAAUACAGUGAGUGCUGGACGGAGCAGUGAAUGACAACAACCCCGCCCACAUUUAAGAGUACUGUUUGCAGUGGAAACACUAGGGUCUGGGUACCAUGUCUGAAGGGUUACUUUGGGUUCCAAAGGUACCAUACUUAAAGUGUUUGGUGGAGACGGGGCGUAUGUUUGUCCGUUCCAAAAGUCACUAUGUCAGAUUAGGCGAUUAUGGAGUCAUAAAAUCUUGCCAUGUCUUUGCCAACAGACAUGACAGACACCUUGAUCCAAGAGCAGUCAUUGCUGAUCGUCUUUCAGGACAUGUGUGACGUCAUUGUAAAGUGUUCUUGUCCUAUUUUUAUCAUUAUUAUUAUUAUUAUUAUGUCAGUCACUGUGUCUGUUCAUGUCCAAGCCAAACUGUCGUUGUAGUUAUGUAACAGGCGCUACCAGAUAGCAGUAGCUACAUGUGAAGUGCAGCUUGAAAGCCAGGCAAGUCGCUAAAUUCUCCACAACAAGUUCCUGCACGUGUCACAAUAAAGAACGACUCACCGGGGUGCUGAAGUGCCUCUGCUGUCCACACCAGUAUUUUUCUUUUCUCACCGUCGUGGUAGUUCCUCGAGGAAACAGCAGAUGUGUUGUCUUGUAUUGCUCAGAGCAUUUAAACACCUUGAUAACAGUCUGAAGUCAUGUUGUCCCUGACUCGUUGCUGCUCCUGAAUGUCCCUUCACACUGCUAAAAUAUUCCUGACUAUGGCUAUCAGAUGACUUUGCAGACUAAUCUAGGUCACUCUGCAUGGACAGGAACUAAUGGUUACUAACUAAUGGUUACAACCCAAUAACGUAUUACAAAUUACAUGUGAGGAAAAAAUAUACAUGCAUUAUGUGAAUUAAUGAAAAGUUUAUGACCAUCAGCUAGUCCGCCAUGUUUCUGCAGAUAUGAUUUCAACUCAGCAACUGGUGCACCAAAAUUUUCACAUAUUUUCAGAGUUGUUGUUCUAAAUUUAGGGGCAUUUACAUGAAUUUCCCCCAUAAUUUUUCCAUUUAUUCCGAUGCCACAGGGUAAGUUCUUGCAACUCUUCUUUGAUUUCUGUGUGUUCACGCUAUCCUGGCCUCAACUUGCACGUACUGCACUUAUGAGAGCGAGUCAAUAUAAUAAGAACACAGGUGCUAAUUAUGCAGCUUUAGAACAUUCCAUGGAUCUGACGAAGACUUCUUGGGACCCUUUCUAAGAUCAAAUUUACGAAAAAACUUAGGAGGAUAUUGGUGAAUGAGGCCUGCAACUCUGCAAAGACAUCAUGCAAACAAUGAUAAUACUAAAAGAAAAGUAAAAAACGUUAAUAGUGAAGGUGAACACAUAGAGAACCGGUACAGCAUGCACCUCGGGCUAACCCUAACCCAAAAAGCAAAUCAUUGUCUAAUCAACCUAACGUCUGUACUGGUAUUUCUUCAGCUGUGUUGUAACACAGCUGUCGUCCCACAUUAAAACACCUUACAUAAAUGA